AUGAAUGCCACCACCACCCCACCUGCGGAGGGGUCCUGCCCCUCGAACACCCUCAUCACCAAGCAGAUCAUCCCCAUGCUGUACUUCGUGGUCUUUGUGGCCGGCAUCCUGCUCAACGGCAUGUCAGGGUGGGUGUUCUUCUACGUGCCUAGCUCCAAGAGUUUCAUCGUCUAUCUCAAGAAUAUUGUCAUUGCCGACUUCCUGAUGAGCCUGACUUUUCCUUUCAAGAUCCUGGGGGACUUGGGCCUGGGCCUCUGGCAGGUAAAAGUCUUUGUGUGCAGGGUCUCGGCCGUGCUCUUCUACAUCAACAUGUACGUCAGCAUCGUGUUCUUCGGGCUCAUUGGCUUUGACAGAUAUUAUAAAAUCGUGAAGCCUCUCUUGACUUCUUUCAUCCAGUCCAUAAGCUACAGCAAACUCCUGUCAGUGCUGGUGUGGAGCUUCACAUUGCUCAUCGCCCUUCCCAAUAUGAUCCUGACCAAUCGGAGUGUCACAGAGGCCACACGCGUGAAAUGUAUGGACCUUAAGAGUGACCUGGGCCUCAAGUGGCACAAAGCCUCCAGCUACAUCUUUGUGGGCAUCUUCUGGAUUGUGUUUCUUUCCUUAAUCAUCUUCUACACUGCUAUCACAAAGAAGAUCUUUAAGUCCCACCUCAAGUCCAGAAAGAAUUCCAUAUCAGUCAAGAAGAAAUCUAGCCGCAAUAUAUUCAGCAUUAUGUUCGUGUUUUUUAUCUGCUUUGUACCUUACCACAUUGCCAGAAUCCCCUAUACACAGAGCCAAACAGAAGCUCAUUACAGCUGUCAGUCAAAACAAAUCCUGUUCUAUGUGAAAGAAUUCUCUCUGCUACUGUCAGCUGCAAACGUAUGCCUGGACCCCAUUAUUUAUUUCUUUCUAUGCCAGCCAUUUAGAGAGGUCUUGUGUAAGAAAUUGCAUAUCCCAUUAAAAACUCAGCAUGACUCAGAAACUUCCAAAACCAAAAGGGAAAAUAUAAUACAAGAAAGCACAGAUACUUUGUGA